AUGUCUGCGUCACCCACCCAGCCCGCAAACUCGGCCAAGCGCCCCCUCGAGGAGACAUCCUCUCCUUCGCGCAGCAACGAUCAGCCCGAAGCUAAGCGACCUGCCUUGGACAAGAUACUGAAGAAUGAUGAAGAGGUCGAGAUGGCUCAGCCGCUUGACAGCACCGUCAUUGAAGCAACGGACGCGAACGGCGCGGAAAAGACGAACGGCGAGAAGGCCAAGUCCGAGCAGGCCGAGUCCGAGGGCACCGAGACGAAGCCCAUCCAGAGCUCUGUUGCUGGCGUUGUUCCCGCGACUCCUUCUGCUUCUGCGAGUCACGACGAGAGGGAUUGGAUCCACAUCCGCGCCGUCAUUUCCAGCCCCGAGGCUGCCACGGUCAUUGGAAAGGGCGGAGAGAAUGUUUCCAACAUUCGCAAGAUGUCUGGUGCCAAGUGUACUGUGAGCGAUUACCAGAAGGGUGCCGUUGAGCGCAUCUUGACAGUGAGCGGUGUUGUCGAUGCUGCCGCAAAGGCUUUUGGCCUCAUCAUUCGAACACUCAACAACGAGCCCUUGGCUGAGCCGUCAAGCGCUCAGUCAAAGACAUAUCCCCUCCGCUUGCUUAUCCCGCAUAUCUUGAUCGGCUCCAUUAUUGGCAAGGGCGGCGCGCGCAUUCGCGAGAUCCAGGAAGCUUCUGGAGCUCGGCUUAACGCUUCUGACUCCUGCCUUCCUCUCUCCACUGAGCGCUCGCUAGUAGUCAUGGGUGUUGCUGAUGCCGUCCAUAUCGCGACUUACUAUGUUGGUAGCACUCUGCUCGAGCAGUUGAACGACAGAUUUGGUGGCCCGGCUGCCUCCGCUUAUGCGACGCGGAGUGGCGGCCCUGCUGGUGUAGUACCCGGCGGCAUGCAGGUCGUCCCGUACUGCCCGCAGCCCACCACGGGCAACUUUGGCAACCGUGAGAACUACAGCCGGAGACACGAUGCUCGCGCUCAGCACCACCUCCCCGCCGCGCCGUACGCGCAGCCCUACCCUCAUGCCGCUCAGCCAAACCCGGCCAUGCCCAUUCACUACGGUGCAGCCCAAGCCAGUGGCUACGGCGCCGCCGCUCCCAUGCAGCCUCACGCGGGUGCUGCUGUGCCCCAGCCACACGGCGCUCACCCGGCCCAGCCCAUGCACGGAGGAGCUAUGCCCGGAGCUCCGUUGACACAGCAGAUCUACAUCCCCAACGACAUGGUCGGCGCCAUCAUCGGAAAGGGUGGCCAAAAGAUCAACGAAAUACGCCAGAUCAGCGGCAGCGUGAUCAAAAUCAACGAGCCGCAAGACAACAGCAACGAGCGGCUGGUCACCAUCACGGGAACAGAGGAGUGCAAUCGCAUGGCGCUGUACAUGCUAUACUCUCGUCUCGAAUCGGAAAAGCAUCGCAUUUAA